ACGAUUAGAGCACAGAUAGCAAGUCAAAAACCUGUCGACAAUGAUGAUCUCCCUAGUUUCGAUUUACCAAUGGAUGAAGACAUACUUCAAGAGUAUGCCAAUUCAGAUAACAGUGAUGAUGCUGAAAGUGAUGACGAUGAUGAUGAUAGUGACAAUAAUGAAAACCGCUCAUCGCCAUCAUCAUCAUCAUCAUCUGAUAGUGACGGUGAUAAUGACUCAUCAGCUGUAGAAAAACAAUCCUCCAAGCGUAAAUUGCCUAAACCUCCGGCCAGCUUCAAGUUGAAAACAUCUGGGGAGGCUGGGAUAGCAGCUGCACGUAAAACAUGGAAGUGCAUUGCAAAGCUGAAUCAACAACAGAAGAAGGAGCAAGCUGAGUUGAAAGAGGCGCAUCGUGUUAAUAAAUCAAUUGGAUGGGGUGUUACAUUUACAAAUAAGGACAACGAUGAAGCAGUGAACGAUAAUCAUAAUAUGCAUAACGAUGAAAUGAGCGAUGAUGAAGAUGACAAUGAGGCGGUUCGUUAUGAACAGCCAAUCAAGACAAAAUAUGCUAAAAUUCAAGCAUCUAAAAAAGCAAAGAAGAAUAAACGGAAUAAGAAAUUCUAUGCAUAA